UAAACCGAAUUCAAAGCCCUAAAAGAACAGCAGCAAAACCCAACUUUUAGAAGCCGGUAAUCAACGAUUCAGAAACAUGGUUGAUUCAUCUGUGAAGUUAACAAAGAAAGGCAAGAGGAAGCUAAACAGCUCCCAAGAGAAACCGAGUCUUUCGAAACGCCGCCGUAACGACUCGUUUAAGAAGGAACCAGAAGAAGUUGAAAAAGCUGAAAGCUGGACACCUAUAGAACCGGAGCUGAGUCUCAGUGAAGAACGCCCAUGGAGAAAUUUACAGUUAAUUCUUUCCUUGCAAAACAAGGAAAUCGACCUUCAAAAAAAGGUAGAGCUGGCUUUUGAUUUUAUUGAUUCAAUUGAGAAAGUAGUAAGAAACGAUGUGGAUGAUGAUGAUGAAACGGUGAAUACAUCGCGAUUAAUCGUUUUUCUCAAUGAUUGGAUCCAAUCAUUAUUAGUUUCUCCUGAAAAGAAAGAUAAUGUCGAGGCUUUUUUGGAUUUUAGAUGUUGGCGGGUUUUUGAAUUCUGCUUGAAGGAGUCUGUGAAAUUACACGUUUCUCUGAAUUUCUCUCGGAAUUUAUUAAGAGCAAUUGGUUAUAUUGCGAGAAAUUUUUUGUCUUUUAUUAGUGAUCCAUCUUUGUCUUCAAAUGAAUCAGUUUUUGCUGGUGAAGAGUUUAAAUUGUAUGGUGUUGUGCUUGACUGUUUUUCCUUGUUGUUCUCAUUCCAAAAUGGGUUGUCUAAUGAAAAUUUAGAGUUAUGGAUUUCCAAUAUUGACUUGGUGCUUCAGCUUGUUCACAAAAUUUAUGCUCAGAGCCUUGGUGGCGGCAAUAUAGGUGCAUUUGCCAUUCAGUUUUCUUGUGUGGUUCUUGAACCAUUUGCCAAGUUUUUGAGGAUCCACCCAACUCGGAAAAAUGGGUUUCGUGAUUUUGUAGAUAAACUUCUUGAACCCUUGUUGCUUCUGCUAGAUGAUGUCUUGUAUAGUCAAGUUAAUGAGAAUAAUUCUGUCAUGACAAAGUUGUCUGUGUUGGUUGAAGAUGUAUUAUCUCAUGGGCUGUUUCAUUCUGUUCACAUUGAUGGAUUUUUGGGCUUGCGUGGUGUGGAAAAGUAUGCUCCGUCAAUUGAAGCAAAAGACUCAAAUUUGGUCAUUAAAAGUUAUCACAGGCAUUUAUUUGACAAACUGGAAAGCAUCAUAAAGCUGAAGAAGAACAUAGAAUUGAGUGGUGCUGGGCAGUUAUUUCACUUGUUUGUUGGUCGAAUUAAAAAGCAAAAAGGAGCUUCAGGUGGAGGGACUACUGGAAAAGUUGGAGGUACAAGGCGCUUGGAAGAUGACUUGUCAAGUCAUUUGUCUACAGAUCCAUCUCGAAGUAGUAGGGAAAUUUCAGACAAUAAGUAUAGCUCUAGUACUUAUAGUGCAGAAUCUCGGAAGUCACUAUUUGAUUUUUUUGUUCAUCUUUUGGAGCCUCUCCUACUUGAGAUGGAUGGCUACAUGCAAUCUAACUUGGCAGCAAGGGUCUCAUUGGAGAAUGUUCAUUGCACACUGAAGUCGGUUAAUAGUUUACUUGCCAUUUUUGUACAUGAAAAAGUAUAUGCAAGAACAGAAGACAUAUCUGAAGGAGCUUGUCUUAAUUUCUUGAAGAAAGCUUAUAAUACAGUAGUCUCAUUUGCUGCCAAAUUACUUGGCCUGUCAGAAUCUGAUAUAGAUGGCAAGACAAGGAAGGAGAUGUUUCCUUUAUUAGCCAAGGAGUUGUUUUUUGCUGUAGGGCACUUCUUGGAUAUUGAAUAUGAUGUUAUCGGGAGUGAUUUAAUUAGCUUAUGGCUCAUGAUUCUUUCUUACUUGGCCAGUCUCUCUUAUUUAGAUUCACCAGAUCAAUGCGUUUUGAUUUCCCCGAUACUGGAUCUUGGGUGCCAUCUGGUUUAUCUUUAUAGUGCACUUCGCCAGGUGAAUAAUUCUAUUUUUACAUUGUGCAAAGCUGUGAGACUUUUGAUAUCACACCACAAUGAACGUGAAAUGAGCUGCACCAGAUUUUUUUCGUACUCGGCGUCAUUUUGUAAUGAAGCAAUUGCAGCAUCAGUGGGUAUUCUUUUAAGCUCACAAGAAUUUAAACUCUCUAUUAAUCAUGCUAUAAAGUUCAUACCAGAAGGGCAAGCGGGUGAGCUUAUUCAGCAGUUAACUGCAGAUGUAUCAGAAUCGAUGGAAUGGAUGAAAAUUGGCAGCUCAGUAACUGAUGGAAAAGAAAUUGGAAGAUCUCAUGUAAGUGAUCAUGACAUGCUAAGCUUUCACAUACAAGCAAACCUGUUGGGAAGAGUUCUAUCUGAAAUUUAUAUAGUAUUGCUGGACUCACUUCCAGUCACCGCAGGAAACUGUAAUCUGCUUGGGCCUUCUAUAAAGGAGCUAGUACAUACAAUUUAUCCUUGCACUAGUAGUCUGGGUGAACAAAACCUUGAUGGUGUUGACACGUUCUUGUUUUCUGUCAUUGGAAGUAUUUCCAAGAAUAUGGUUGCUGAGAAUGAAAAAGAGAGACAUGGAAUAUCAAUACAAUGGAUCUUAGUUUUCCUAUUUCGACUGUACAUAUCUUGCCGAAGUUUGUACAGGCAAGUCAUUAGCCUUACACCACCCGGCACGUCGCGGAAAUUGUCCUCGGCAAUGGGGGAUGCAUUCACAGCAUAUACUGGUAGGGAUUGGAUAGAGAAAUCAGAUUGUACAGAUGACGGCUACUUUUCUUGGAUUAUCAAUCCUUCACCAUCUCUUCUUGAUCUUAUACGUCACAUAUCAGACACUUAUGUUAAAGACAACAUUGAAGAUUUUUGUCCACUGAUUUAUAUACUGCAUAUUAUGGCUCUCCAGAGGCUAGUUGAUUUGAGCAGGCAUAGAAGCUCUCUCGAGUAUUUAUUACAGCAGAAUGAGAAGCUGAUGCAGGUUAAAAUGUUUGAUGAUGCUGACUUGUCACUAUAUAGUAAGAAAGACGGAAAAUUGAAAAAACGCAUCUUAGUUUUGGAGCAAGAGGCAGUGGAGCUUGCUGAUUUUGUGCUGGGAUACCUUUCAUUAGUAUCUGAUAAUCACUUAUCCAUGUUCUCCUCUGAUGACACAUCUUGUGAAACAAAAGCACAUGAAAGUGAUAAAUGGGAUUUUGGUAUUUGUUCUGUGAACAAGAAGUCAUUGCCAAUCGCAAUUUGGUGGAUUAUUUGCCAAAAUAUUGAUAUUUUAUGCCUGUAUUCUUCUUCUUCUAAGAAGUUAAAGAAGAAGUUGAAAACAUUCCUCACACUUUUGAUCCAGACUUCCCUACCUUGUUUAUCAAAAAGCUUUCAGCAGGGUGAAAAGCAUAAAAUUGACAAAGACGGUCAACCGAAGAAAAUUACUCUGGAUCAGAUUUCACAAGGUCUUCUACAAGAUUCCACUCUGUAUGAUCAUAAAUUUGUUCGCAGGAAUUUGUCAUCAAGAUUUUGUCAUGAACUUGAGAAUUUGGUGCUGUUACUGUUUAGUGAUUCAUUAGUUAGUGACAGGAAUUUUAAUUCAUUUCCUGUUUGGUCGGAGGUUUUAAGCACAUUUGAGAACUCAUCUGCAAUUGUUUCUAUGAAACAGACAACCCUUCCUUUCAAUAAUGUGAAAGAUUGUAGGAGUUUACUUGAUCUUCUAUGUUGGAUGCCAAAAGGAUAUUUGAGUUCAAAAUCAUUCUCCAAGUUAGUAACUUGUGUCCUCCACCUUGACCGGUAUGUAGUUGCAGAGCUUUUACACCAUCAGGGAACACUGUCCUCAUAUGGUUUCUAUGAGCUUUUCCAAUUGUUUGUAGCUUGUCGGAGAACAUUGAAAAAUAUUAUAAUGGCAUUAUGUGAGGAGAAGAUGGGAGCUAGCCUGUCUUCACUUAUUACAGUUUCUGAGGGUUCAUAUUUUAUCACUUGGCUUUUCAAGUCAGUGUCUGCAGUGAUCGAACUCCUAGACACAAUGUCGGAAGACUGUAUGUCCAAAUCCAAAAUUAAGAAAUUCUCAUUGAUGGAUCACACAUCUUAUGUUUUCUUUGCAAUAAGCAAAUAUCAAUUUGGUCAGAUCAUUCAAUUUAUUGGAAAUUCUAAGCAAGUCUGUAAAGGUUUUUCCGGUGUUGUCAGUGAUCAAAGUAUUUUAAAUGAACCUGUUUUACGCUUCAGUUAUUUGAAAGAUAAUGAAGCCUUGAGAAGUCUGACUAUGAUUGCUGAGAGUUUGAAGGAACAGGCAGAGAACCUACUUGUUCCUUUGAAGGAAGUCCUUGAUAAUGCACUAGUAGGAUCUGAGAAAGAAGCUCUAAAUAUUAAUAGAAUGUCUUUCAUGGUUUCUUGCUUUGGUGGGUUUUUAUGGGGCCUCGCAUCUGCCUUGAAUCAGACGGGCGAAAAAUGUGGUGAGUCAAAGGCAAAAUUGUUACGAUGGAAGUGCGAGCCUAUCUUGAAACUAAACCUCUGCAUAAAUGUGUUUGUAGAUUUUAUUAAUGAUGUCUUACGCAUGUUUCUUGAGAAUGAUCAACAGCCAAGAAGUGGUUCUGAUUCCCCAAGUUCUGACAAGUUGGAUAACUGCAAGAAUUCAGAUGAUUUAGUUGUGCUUCAUUGUCUAAAUAAGCAUUUGUUGCUGGGGUUGCUAAAGGGUGAUCAUCCUGAAAGAGCAAUUUUACUUAGGCAGCUAUUAAUUACUUAUUCUGCUAUUCCAAGGCUAAAUUUCCGUGUUGAUGGUGCUCAAUUGUCAUCGGGCAUGGUACCUCUCAUAAUUAAUAUUUCGCAGUUCUUGUUUUUGGAGUUGGCAAACUCAGUUGAAAGCCCACCACCAUUUACCUUUGUUUGGUUAGAUGGUGCUGUUACGUAUUUGGAAGAACUAGGGAGUCACUUUCCAUCAACUGAUUCUACCUUAAACACAGAUGUAUAUGCCAAGCUAAUAGGAUUGCAUUUAAGGGCCAUAGGAAAAUGCAUAUCUUUACAAGGAAAAAGAGCUACUUUAGAAUCUCAUGAGAGAGAAUCAAGCACCAAGAUACUGCAUGGUGAUACAGGUUUAUCCGAGUCAUUUCUUUCUCGUGACUCGCAUUGCCUAGAUGAAUUCAAAGCUAGGUUGAGGAUGUCAUUCAAAGAGUGUAUUAAGAAUCCCUCAGAGUUGCAACUGUUGUCAGCAAUACAGGCUAUAGAGAGAGCAUUAGUGGGAGUACAAGGAGCCCAUGCAAGGAUGUAUGAAAUAACCACUGGAUGUGCCGAUGGUGGCAUGGUGUCCUCAACUGUUGCAGCUGGCAUUGACUGCUUGGAUUUAGUUCUUAAGCAUGGUUCAGGACGCAAAUGUUUGAAUGUGGUUAGAAGUCGUAUUAAGAGCUUUGUUGCUGCUCUGUUCAAUAUAAUCCUGCACUUGCAGAGUCCAUUAAUAUUCUAUGAAAAAGUUACGAGUAAUGAAGGUGACAGAAAUCCAGAUCCAGGAUCUGUCGUUCUUAUGUGUGUUGAGGUAUUGACCAGAAUUUCGGGAAAGCAUGCUCAGUUUCAAAUGGACAUGUGCCACGUUGGGCAGUCUUUACGUAUCCCUGGCGCACUUUUUCAAGAUUUCCAUCAACUAAGGGUUUCUGAAGCACCGGUGUCAAGUAACUUGUUUCUGGAUAAACAAAACCACAAUUCCAUCGUAAGCACGGAAUCUCAUGUUCUGGACCAACAAUUUUCUGUAACCUUCUUUGCUGCUUGUUGCCGAUUAUUGUACACUGUUCUGAAACAUCAGAAGAGUGAAUGUGAACGGUGUAUCGCGGUGCUUGAACAAUCAGUAUCUUUUCUUCUCCAUUGUUUGGAGACAGUGGAUGCUGAUCUAGUGGUCCAAAAGGGUUAUUUUUCAUGGGAAAUACAAGAGGGGGUGAAAUGUGCUGGUUUUCUUCGAAGAAUCUAUGAAGAGUUAAGGCAGCAGAAAGACGUGUUUGCAGGGCAUUGUUACAAAUUCUUAUCAACCUACAUAUGGGUUUUUUCAGGAUAUGGUCCCCGUAAAACGGGCAUUAGAAGGGAGAUAGACGACGCUCUAAAACCAGGCGUAUAUGCAUUAAUAGAUGCUUGUUCAGCUAAUGAUCUUCAGUAUCUUCACACAGUAUUUGGAGAGGGUCCAUGUAGAAACACUUGGCCAGUUUGCAACGUGAUUACAAACUGAAUUUCCAGUACGGAGGGAAAGUCUGAUCUCAGCCAUUUCCUCUGGUAAGUCACCAAUUUUAUCCUCUUUGACUAUUCUCUAACUUACAAGGAAGUGAAUAACUGGUAAAUUUUGGUGAUGGCAUUUACCAGAUUCAAGUAAGGGAAAUUCAUAUCUUUGUCAAUUGAUCUUUAUAUUAAUCUAUGGUUCGUGUAUUAAAACAUGUUCUGUAUCUUGUAAUAUUUAUCAGUAGAAUAUAGGGCUUACCAGUUGUUUGUAGAAAUUAAUUU